UUGACGCAAGGAAAGCCAGUUUUUAUUCUAACAAAUGAGAAAUUGUUGUUUCUUGCAAUCUAAAAAAUGUAAACUCCUGCUAUCAAGUGAAGUGGUAUUGGUCACCUUCUUGUGAGUUGAUCCUGCAGCUUCCUGUUUGACUCAAACUUUAAAACUCUCCAUAGUUGAAAAGUAGAAUCCAAGAUAUUAUGUGUUUUGUCAGCAGCUGGCGAAAAGUAACAGCUGCAGGAAAUGUCUGAAUCAGAAAAGACACCACAAAAUAUCAAAAUAACAGAAAACACUAACUUUUCACAACUUAAAUGUAAACUCAGUCCAACGGUAGAUGGCUGAGUUGUUCAGUCAUGAAUCUGAAGUACGGCUUCAACAACAGCUCCAGAUAUUCGUGUUCAAAAGUUGCAUCUAAAGCAGUGAAAGGACGUGAUGUUAAUGGCUUAACAAGAAAAACAAUAAAACCGAAAAGGAAAAUAUUUAAGAAGAAAAAUUACAUGAAAUGUGGAAGUUUUGGUGAAAUUUACCAUUUUAAAUGUUAUUGGGGGAAAAAUAAACAGCACAGAAAAGUUAUUCCAAUGAAAAUGGUUAUUUUCCUCAAAAUUGCAUUUGAUAUACAUUUUUAUUACUAAAUAUUAAUUUAUGUUUAAAAUUUCUAAUAUUCUUUAAUCGCCAGAUUAAACAUAAUGUUGCCUUUAGUCAUUAAGACUGAUUCAGUAAUAAGAGUGUAGAGAGGCAGAAACGGCGUCAGCCUUUAAAUCUGAACGAUGACGCGAUGCGUCACCGUGACGUUUGCAGGUUUGCAGCUGGUGUUUUUGCGCAGACGCACCUGACGUCCGACCGCAGCAUGAAGGCGCUAACGCUCGCGCUGACGCUCGUCAGGCACGGGGAAACAACUUACAACAAAGACGGCCUGUUGCAAGGCCAGGCAAUCGACUCAGCCUUGUCUGAGACCGGGCUGCAGCAGGCCGAAGCUGCAGGGUUUUACCUGAAAGACGUCAAGUUUAGCCACGUGUUUGUCAGCGAUAUGCUGCGAGCACGACAGACAGCUGAAAGGAUCGUUCAGCUCAACAGGAGCUGUUUGGGUCUGCAGAUGGUGUGUGACCCUCUACUUAAAGAAAAGAGCUUUGGGAUCGCUGAGGGGGGCCGGGUUGAAGACGUCAAAGAGAUGGCCAGGGCAGCGGGUGAGUCGUUUCCAGACUUCACCCCCCCAGAAGGGGAGUCUCAGGAGCAGUUUCCCUUUGGACUGAACCGUUUCUGCAGAACGUCGAAGAUUCUCACUCAUCCUGGACAUGAUCUUCUGAGAGUUUUAGGUGCAAACAGCUGGACUUUUCUGAUAACCUUGAAGACAUUUUGCCAUCCCAGAAGCUUGUUCAGUUCCCAAACUUUAGUUGUGAGGACCAGGCUUGUGAGUUGCAGGGGCGCUCUCACACCACACCUCCAGUACCUCAUGCUGAAGAACCAGACUAAUGUGCAGCCUUGUGCAAAGAUAGCAUCACCUCAGAGAGAGUAAAUCAUCACUCAUAAGUCCCCACCAGUGUCGCACAAAUCUACGCUGAUGCUUACUUUAAUAAGAUAACCUCAAUGCUUGAGAGCCAACGGGUAUGAAGUGAGUCCAACAGUGUGAUAAAUGCAACAAGAUUUAUUAUAAGUUUACAUUUUAUGUUUCUCAAGUUUUUUUUAUAAAAGAAACAGUCGUCUUUGCAUGUUUUUGCUGUGUGGGCGUCGGACGAGCCCCCGCACUGUGAGAACAAACAUCCCAGCUCUUAAGCCGAUCAUCAUCCGUGUACGUCACACGUCACGUGAUCAGGAAGCAGAACAUCCAUGUGUUAGGAGAUCGUUUUGGGCCGCUGCUGUAAAAAAGUGAGGCAGAAAGCAGGGCUGGACGAUGCGGCCUCAAAUCUAUAUUGCGAUAUAAUCUGAAGCAUGUGCGCUAACGAUAUAUAUUGCGAUAUAUUUUUUCCUCCGUUUAUCCCAUCCACUGCCAUCUUCAAGUUUGCAGAUGACACCACUGUGGUCGGCCUCAUCACAGACGGAGAUGAGGCAGCAUACCGGGCAGAGGUCAGUAAUCUGUCGAGGUGGUGCUCAGAUAACAACCUCACUCUGAAUAUACAAAAAACAAAAGAGCUCAUUCUGGAUUUCAGAAGACACCGUCACACACACGCCCCUCUCCUCAUAAAUGGAGAGCGUGUGGACCGUGUCCCCUCCAUCAGGUUCCUCGGCACCAUCAUCUCUGCUGACCUGUCCUGGUCUGCCAACACCAGAGCUCUGGUGAAAAAGGCUCAGCAGCGGCUGCACUUUCUCCGGGUCUUGAGAAGGUGUGGCCUGGAUCAGAAACUGCUGCUGGCUUUCUACCACUGCUCCGUGGAGAGCACCUUCACCUACUCCCUGAGUGUGUGGUAUGCAGGCUCCACUGCUGAGGACAGGAAGGUUGUUCAGAGGACAAUAAACACUGCCCAGAGGAUUAUUGGCUGCACCCUGCCAUCCCUGGAGGCCAUCUCCAGAACCCGCUGCCUGAAGAGAACCGCUGCUCUCCUCCGUGACCCCACCCACCCUGCCCACUGCCUGAUUGAACUGUUGCCCUCAGGGCGCUGCUGAAGGUCAGUUAAAUCACUUACCACCAGACUUUCCAACAGCUUCUUCCCUUGGGCCAUCAGAACAUUCAACACAACAGCACCAUUCAACCCCCCACAUCCCCGUCAGUAAUGUGGACUCAUCUGUUUUGUUGCUGAAUGUUUUUAAAUUGUUUUUAGUCCUUUAUGGUUUUCACAUUUAUUGCACUGUUGAUGGCGGACCAUCUGUAAUUUAAUUGCCAUGAGCAAUUACAAUAAAGUCUAUUCUAUUCUA